AUGGAUAACGCAAAGAUCGUGCUCAUCACAGGCGCCAACACCGGCAUUGGCUACCAGGUCGUGCGAGCCCUCUACAGCGCCGACAAGCCCUACAGCGUCAUCGUCGCUGCGCGAUCGCUCUCCAAGGCGCAGGAUGCCAUCCGUGCCAUCCAGGCCGAGUUUCCUGCCUCGUCCAAUAAGCUCACGCCGCUAGUUAUCGAUGUCGAGUCGGACGAGUCAAUUGAGAAGGCGUACGAGGAGGUGCAGGCUGCAUUCGAGAAACUGGAUGCGCUUGUUAACAAUGCAGGCGCUCAGUUUGAUCCCCUCAUCGCCAGCAAGAAACUCACCCCCCGUGAAGCCUGGAACAAGUCAUGGGACGUCAACGUCACCGGCGCCCAGGUCCUGACGCUAACAUUCGUCCCGCUCUUGCUUAAGAGCGCCGAUCCGCGCCUCCUCUUUGUCACAUCCGGCACCUCCAUACUCAGCCGCAACGAGGGCAUCGCUCUCCCCGUCGACCGCUCCCCCGAGGCCGGGUGGCCCAAGAGCAAGACGGCGAUCGACGUGGCCUCCUACCGCAGCGCGAAGACAGGUCUGAACAUGAUGAUGCGCGAGUGGGAGCGGACGCUGAAGAAUGACGGGGUGAAGGUAUUUGCGAUUAGUCCCGGGUUUUUGGCGACUGGGUUGGGCGGGCUCGGCGCUGAAGCGCUGAGGAAGUUUGGGGCGGGCGAGCCCGAUGCUGCGGGACCGUUGUUUCGCGACGUGAUUGAGGGGAGGAGGGAUGCAGAUGCCGGCAGGAUUGUCAAGAAGGAUGGGGUGCAGGAGUGGUGA